ACAAGAUUAUCAACAACCUUAUUACUAGUAUCACUCAAACAUUGGUUCUGUAAAAAGCAGCAUUGUUACUACGUACUAGGUGUUUAUGUUUGUUUUAUUUUGUGAGUGAAAGGGUUUAAACUUUGAAAUCACCAAACAACCUUAUUACUAGUAUCACUCAGACAUUUUAUCAUGAUGUUUGUGAUUUCUACAUGUUUAAAUGUCUAUUUCCUUGGUGUUUACUGUUUACCAUUUGAACUGUAAUAAAGUAUCACUUAUCUUUUUCUUUAUAAUUAUUAGAUUUGUAGAAAUUUCUUAAAGGAAGCUUAGAUAUUGUUUUUUUUUCACAGGUUUUUCUGUGGUGAGGCUACCGUUGAAAAAUGGCUUUUAAGGGUUCUGAUAAGUCAAAGUUCUGUGGUGUUGGUGGUGGUUCUGAUAAGCGGCACACAUCAUCGUCAGAGAAAAGUACUUGGCCUUCAGAAGUGAGGAAUCCAGUUUCUUAUGAUGAUGAAGAUGUCCCUUUGUCACAAAGGUUAUCCCGGAUGUUGAGUUCUGGAACAUGGAGUACCGACCGUGAUGUUACUCUUAAGAAGAGGCAUAAUACUGCUUUAAUGUCAUUGCCAGUUAAGAGGCCAUUAUUUGAUAACAGAAGUUCCUUGAACACUUCUGUUAAGAAAUCAAAGGUGUCACCAUAUGUUAAUCAACAUAAAGAUAAAGAUGAUACUCCUUUGUCGAGGAGACUUGCAAUGCCGGUUGGUAAAUCUGAUUAUAAAUCACUUUCUUCGCUAAAGAAAGAACUUGCAUUGGUAGAAAAAUCAUUUCACGAGUGCAAAAAGAAAAGACACGAAGAAGAGGAGAGAUUGCAGUCCAUAAAGAGAGAUAUUGAGGAGCGCUCCAAAGAGCUUGGAAAUAUAAAAAAGGAAAUGAGUUUUGUUGAAAUAACUAACGAAUCCCAUAAGAAAAUGCAGGAAAAAAUUGAAGAAUGCGUCAAGGAUUUUGCAGCAAAGCAAGCACAGCUCUGUUUGAUGGAUGACUUGAUUGGAGAGCGCAAGCAAGAACUCAAGACAAAAGAAACAGAACUUCGUCCAGUCAUGGAUAACGGUGAUAAGGUCUGUGAAGGGAAGGAACAGGAACUCAAAGCUCUUUCCCAAAAAAUUGCUCAAUGUUCUGUGGAACUUAAGGCCAAAGAGAAAGAGUGUGAUACAAUGAAAAAACUAAUUGACGAACAAGCUGAACGAUUAGAGUUGGAAAGGAUAAAGUUACUUAGGAUAAUGCAAUUAAGUAAGAAUGAUCCACGUGCUCAAGUGAAGGACUUUGAGUCAAUGAAGAAGCAAUUUGAUGCCCAGGUUAAGGAGCUUGAGUUAAAAGAGAAAAGGUACAUAGAACGAGCGGUGGAGCUUGAGUCAAAGGAGAAGCUCUUUGAAGGUCGUGUAAAGAAGCUCAAGUCAAAAAAGAAGCAACUCAAAAGCCAAGUGAAAGAGUUUGAACCAAUGUUGGAGAAAUUUCAUGGCCAAAUAAAAGAGCUUGAAUAUGAAAAGCAGCAUUUUGAUAGCCGGGUGAAGGAAUUGGAAUCAAAUGAAAGGCAACUUGAAAGACGAGCGAGACAGCUAGUGUUGAAAGAGGAGCAACUCAAAGGUCUAGUGAAAGAGUUUGAUUCAAAAGAGGAGCAAUUCAAAGACCAAGUGAAGGACCUUAAGUCAAAACAAAACCAACUUGAUGUCCAGGUGAAGGAGCUGGAAUCAGAAAAGGAGCAAUUCAAAGGACAAUUGAAGGAGUUCCAGACAAAAGAAAAGCUGCUUGAAGACCGAGUAAAGGAAUUUGAAUCCAAAGAGGAGGAAUUCAAAGCUCGAAUGCAGAAUCUCAAGGGUUUUGUAAGCCAAAUGGAGGAUUUCAAAUCGGAAGAGAAACAAUUUGAAGGACGAGGGAAAGAGCCAGAGUCAAAAGACAAGAAGUUCAAAGCACACGUGAAGGAGCUGAAGCCAAAAGAGAAGCAGUUUGACGGACGCAUGAAGGGUUUUGAGUCAAUGCCAUGUAAAUUUGAUGGAAAACUGAAGCGGCCUGAGUUAAGAGAGAAAAAAUAUGAUGCUUUAAUAGAACCAGAAUUGGGUAAUCAAUUAAGUCCCGUCAUUGAUGAAAGAAGUUUGAUGUUGCUCUCAUCUGAGCAAACUGAUGAGCUUGAGUUGUUUGAUGAUGACAUUCUUGGUUAUCUGCAAGGAUCAUCAGAUCCAUCAAAAGUUGUUUUGGAUAUAAUACAGAACCCCAUUAUUAAAAAGUGUAAGAUAGGAGACGAUGCUGCAAUUAUUGAUGAUAGCCACAUUCUUCUGCUCGAAGAACUGAGGAAAAUCUCACCAGAUAUUAGACCUCAUGUAAAAGAAGAAGCAAUGAAGCUAGCACUUGAUAUGAAAGCUAACAUAAGUCAAAACACAGAAAAUUCAGUUGCGGUUCUAGGUUUUCUACUCCUUCUGUCAAUUUAUGGACUGGUUCCAUCUUUCGAUGAGGAUGAGGUUUUAAAGCUAUUUGGACUUGUUUCUCAGCACAACAUUGUUGUGGAGCUGUUUGGGGCCAUGGGUUUUGCAGAUAAAAUAUCAGGCAAGAUAUCUAUAAUUUGCCUUAUUUUUCUUUCAUAUGGUGUUAUGGAUCACCACAUUUAUACACAUGAAAUUGAACUGAUAUGUUGGCUUCAUACACUUGAUGCAAAAUUUAACAUGUUGGUUAAUUCUUGGAAAAUAAAAUACACAAAUUUUGAACAAUUUAUUCAAGUGUACUUUUUUGUUUCCUAG